AUGAACACUCUGAUAAUCAUCAUGCUCUUCGCUCUUGCUUCACCUAUCUUUGGUGAAGACGCUGUUGAGCCGAAGAAACAGGAAAAACGUGGAGUUAUUGGUCUUGGAUACCCAGGAUACGGUGGUCAUUAUGGUGGAGCUCAUGCUUAUGGUUACCAUGGACUUGGACAUGGUUACGCGAGCGCACCUUACUACUCAGCUUUAAAUCACGGAGUAGUAUCACCGAUAUUGAGUCACUCAGCUUACUCGGCUCAUGUAGCUCCCGCACAUGCUUACGGUGGUUACCAUUCACCUUUGUACACUUCCCCUCUUCGUCUUGGUUACCACGGAUUGGGCCAUGGGUACUACAACAGCUGGUAA